AUGGCGGUGAAGUUGCCUUUUUGCCAUGAUAAUCGCAAUUUGUUUUAUUCAUUGUUGCGAUUUUCUUUAACCGUUAAUACGCAUGCCUACGUAACAUAUCAAGAUAUUAGAGGUAUUAAAAGUUUUAGCGAACAGACAGUGAUUGCAAUAAAAGCACCUCCAGAGACGAGGUUAGAAGUACCAGAUCCUAGGGAGAGUAUUCAAAUAUGGCUAAAGAGCACCAAAGGACCAAUAGAAGUUUAUCUUUGCCCUGAAGAGGCCUGUGCCACAGAAAAAGACAAUAAUACAAGCAGUUGUGUUAGCAGUAGUUCAGAGACGGAGUCGCCAGUGUCAUCGCCCAAUAGUUUUAAAGGCGAUCCACCACUGAAAUUGGAAUCUUUAGAUGAAGAUGACAUGUCCACGUUGGAGAGAAAUCUUCUCCUACAGACAGAAGACCAACACAGCAAUGAUGAAAUAGACAUGCCAUUUGUGCAGUUAUCACCACCAAUUUUGGAAGACGAUUACCCGUUUUCGUUAGCCGAUCACGAGGGGCUAAUGGAUUUAUUUGAUGCCUAUGAUCUCUGGGGAGGUGGAGACAAUGCAACCCCACCAACGACGGAAACGAUACCCACACCGACGACGGCAACUACAAUGCCAAUAGUUACAAAAAAUGUGUAAAAUCUUGAUGUACGUUUAUAACAAUUAUUUUCAAAAGACAUCUUUCACAAGACUGCGAAUGUGAACUUUCUUCGUCAUUGGAGUUUGUUUUCAGUGUGUACCUAGCUUUGGAAAAACCAACGUGAAUGUGCGUCUGGUGUACCAGUCCGGCCUUGGGCUUUCUUAGAAAGCAAUAAUGGCGGCAGUCUCAAACCAAUAGUUGGUUAUCGUGAUAUUCAAGAGUUUUCAAUCAACGAUCGGCAGUUCAAGCAGUGUAGGAGAUUUUGUGAGCUUCCAAGUAAAUCACAUUCGCAGUAAAAUAGGUCGAGGACAUAUUUAUACUGUGGAAAUACACAACCAAUGAGAAACAAUUCUUACUAUUGUGUCAGUUAAAGUGAAAAAAAAAUAUAAACAGGGUUAUCCAAAAGUAUUGUUGGGCUUUGCACUGAAAGAUUACACAGGCUAACUUUUGUGUUGACAAAUUUAUUCCAAUGCAUUCAAUCUUACGAUUUCGUAUUUAUUUGCAUUAUAUGCAAAUUUAGCGUACUUCUGCUAAGUCAAAGAUGCUGUACGUAUUGAUAAAAGUACUGUAAAUCACAAUUUUAUGGCUUUCAUGUGGAUGAAAUUUUGUGAAAGUCACUGACUCUCUAGUACCCUAGUGAAAGGCGCACCUUUCAAUACCUUCCCCGACAAUAAUAAUUUAUCUGACAA